CCCGGACGAUCAGGCUUUCCGGGUGACAAAGGAACAAUGGGAAUUCCUGGAAGAAUGGGGAUAAAAGGAUACGCAGGGGAGAAGGGAGCGCCAGGGGAGCCAGGCCUGUCUAUCAUUGGGCCACGAGGACCUCCUGGACAGCCAGGAACAAGAGGCUUCCCAGGCUUCCCGGGUCCGAUUGGGUUGGAUGGCAAGCCCGGACAGAACGGCUUGAAAGGAGACUUGGGUCAACGUGGUCCUAAAGGAGUUGCAGGUGAACCUGGUCUGAAAGGGGAAAAGAGCGUAUGUGGAGACUACAUUCACAGGAAGCGGCGUAUUGUACAGCCUUGUGUUGGAGGAUUGGCCACACAGGGCGAGCCUGGAGCUCAGGGCCCACCAGGACCUCCCGGCCCUCCAGGGCCCUCAGGGACCUCUGGACUGAAUGGUGCUAGUGGACCGCCGGGUAAACCUGGUGAACCAGGAAAACCUGGGAAAGAUCUAAGGCUCCUACCAGGGAUGAAGGGUGAGCCAGGCAUGGCAGGAAUAAAGGGUGAUGUUGGCCCCGCUGGUCCUGAAGGCCCCAAGGGACUGAAGGGAGACCUUGGACUGAAGGGGGACUUUGGUAUGCCGGGAAUGCCAGGGAAACAAGGAUUGAAGGGAGAGCCAGGUUUUCCAGGCACUCCUGGAAGAAAGGGUCAAGCUGGUAUCCCUGGGACACCUGGUUUUCCUGGAAAGAGGGGCUACAGGGGUGACAAGGGCGAACCCAGCGCAGCAGGAACUGGCAUCAAAGGAGAACCAGGGACCCCAGGACUCCCAGGCCUAUCAGGAUCCAAGGGUGACAAAGGCGACCAAGGUCUCAAGGGGGAAGCAGGAUCUGAUGGCCCAGCUGGACCAAGAGGUCCUCCAGGUGCAGCAGGGGAGCCAGGGAAAUCAGAAAUCAUCAACAAUGAAAAUGAUAUUCGGAAUGUACCUUUGAUGGGCCCACCUGGCCCUCCAGGGGUCUCCGGAACACCAGGAACAAAGGGUGAAGUUGGCCUUCCAGGCCCUUCAGGUCUUGACGGAGAGAAGGGUCCUCGGGGGAAGCCUGGAGAGCCAGGUCCUGUUGGCCCAGCGGGCCCUGAAGGUCCCAGAGGGGAGGGGGGCCUGAUGGGUUUCUCAGGACCCAAAGGAGACAAGGGGGACAUGGGUCCCUUUGGAUCAUCUGGGUUAGACGGCCCUACUGGUGAAAAGGGGGUUUCUGGGCCCCCUGGCCCCAUUGGAUUACCAGGCACAAUGGGUCAGAAGGGCGAGUCCGGAGAUAAGGGAGGAAGGUCAGACAUGGUCUAUGGGCCCCCAGGGCCUCCAGGGCCCCAAGGACCAGUUGGCCCCGCGGGACCUGAAGGACUGGGAGGACCAAAGGGGGAGCAUGGCAUAGGCAUACGGGGAGAGAAGGGAGCAUCUGGUUCGAAGGGCGAUAGAGGGGACAGGGGCCAUCUUGGACUUCCUGGAGCUCAUGGUUUAGACGGCAGGCCUGGUCGAGUGGGUCUAAUAGGACCAGUUGGUGUGGCAGGGCCAGCAGGACCAAAGGGAGAUAGAGGUUUCAUGGGAGAUUCAGGAGUCCCAGGACCAAUUGGUCCUCAAGGCAUCCCUGGUUUAGUAGGACCACAAGGAUUCAAAGGGAACCGGGGAGAGAGGGGCAAGAAAGGCAACAGGGGAACUAAAGGGGAUAAGGGAGACCAAGGAGCACCCGGAUUAGAUGCCCCCUGUCCGUUGGGGGAUGACGGCCUACCAGUAUCAGGGUGUUGGAAUAAAUGACGAUAACUUCGAGGUGGCACGUGUGAUUGUACAUAGAAUAUUUAUUUUUGUACUUUGUAUGUGCUUUCUUAUAUUGAGGGAAGAAAAAGAAAAUCAUAACAAUACGCCAGGAGUUUUGUACAGAUUGUUUAUUUUUAUUACUUGUAAUAAUGUUUAUGUAUUGGAUUUUAUUUUAGAGCUAUGCAUUAUGUCGACAUGUUUGAAUAAGGAAGAAUGACAAUGUGGCUACAUACAGUAUGCAUGAUAUUUGUGCAUAAUGUGAAUGGAUAUUGCCUAUUAACUUAUUGUAUCAUGUGAUGUUGUUUUGUUGUGACCAUGCUGCACUGAAUUGUGGGGCUGGAAAGAUGAAGCGUUGGCUUAUUGAAAUAUCUUAGUUGAACCCUCUUUGUAGCGAUCAAAACUAUCAAAAUGAACAGCACCGCAAAUAAUUCCUGUCUAAAUAUGUACACAACUCAAGUCACGGUGACAGACAGCACUGUAUUUAGUCUGCACUGUACAGUAUAGCCAUUUGAAUCACUAGCACACGGAUACUCAUGGAUCUCAUCCGAUUUGAACCGUUUAGGAUUUCUGAUAUCACAAACCCAUAAAGUAUCCUGACUAGCCAGCAUGCCACACAAGCACAUUUUGUCGCUUUCUCUGAAAGGGGAUCUCAUGAAGGCGGUUUCAACUAAGAUUGCCAGACCAUUUCAAGCUUUAAUUGUUUCCACCAUGGCAAAACUGCCAUUUUUAAAUAGAAAACAAAUACUUAGUGUUUGCUGCUUUUUCACUGGCUGAGUAGUUAUACAGCCAGAGUGACCAACCAUUCUAAGCUAUAGCUUCACAUAUAACCUGACCUCAAUUUGUCCAAGUUAUCUGUAAAUGUUUUUGGGGAACCAAAUCUAAGGGGCCACCCGUUGCUUUUUCACUAUCAGGCUCUCUUUAACCAUGGGUGUUUGCCUUUUUGUUAGAACGUUAUCAAAUUGAGACAAACCCAUGUUACAAGCUUUCUCUUGGAUGACUGAAAUAUUGCUGCUCACCCUUAAGGCAUGCUGCUGCAACCGGCCACAUAGCCUCUACGGCCAGUGUACCUCAUCCAUUUAUUUAUAUUAAGAAAGCCAUUAAUGGACAAUAAAUAUAUAUUUUUUGAUAAGAAAAAAACAGACUUGUUAUUUACAGCUGUUUUAUAGGAUGUCGUAGUCUACGUCUAUGUGUUUAUGAAUCAGUAUUGAAGAAAUGGAUGAAGGGGACUGGAGUAGAGUUGCUCCAUUACCGCUGCUCAUUGUAAAAAAACUCUGUGUUCUGCUCUGCCUGGAAAUGUAUAGCUAGAUUAAGAGAUUGUCAGAUUACCACCCUCAAUAAAGUCUCCACCGGGUUCUUAUACCUCAUACUAUGCCUUGUCCCCCUGCCUUGCCCUCCUUGUGUUAGAGUUCAACCCAUAGUUCAUGGGAAAUCAUUGAGGAUCCGUGUUCAAGUGGACAUGUAUGUUGGUUGACCUAAUAUGUUCAAAAUGACAAUUAGAAAUAAACAUACCAUUUUUACAGUA